GACCGUUCUAUACUUCCUCGAAAACCAAAGGUUGCGAGCAGAGAAACCACAAUGGCUCUACUCUCACCUGUCAACCCCUACUUUCCCUUGGACCAAAACGGCCUGCUCUUGUCUCUUUCGUGCUUCAUCAUUACUGCCCUGUUUUUGGUCAAUCUCAGAACUAGAACAGCAAGCAAAUCCAAGUCGAAUGUGAAUCAGCUUCCAUCCCCGCCAAAACUACCCUUCCGCACUACUCUUUUCGAGCACUCUUCAAUAAAUACGGACCUAUAAUGCCUUUACAGUUGGGUCAGACUCCAACUGUGGUGGUUUCUUCUGCAAAAUUGGCCCGCGAAAUUAUGAAAACCCAUGACCUUACCUUCGCAGAUGUCUCAAGGUAAUUGUCCUAAGAUCUUGCUCUAUGGAUGUACUGACGUUGGCUUUGGGAACUACGGUGAAAUUUGGAGAUAGAAGAAGAAAAUAUGUGUCAACGAAGUUCUUUGCCUGAGAAGCGUUCAAUCGUUCAAGAACGUCAAAGAAGAAGAAUCUUGGCACUUAGUGAAUAAGAUAAGUGAUAUGUGCUCGAGUGGUGGAGAUUCUGUGAAACUGCUGAGCGAGUUGCUCAUUGCUACAUCCAACGACAUCGUGUGCAAGUGUGUUCUUGGGGACAAGUUUAACACGGCGGCGAAUACAAGAAUUGGAGAGCUAGCGAGGAAGGUGAUGAUUAACCUUGCGGCCUUCAGCGCGGGAGAUUAUUUCCCUUCCUUUUGGUUGGCUUGACUUUUUCACUAGUCUCAUUCCGAGGUUAAAGGCCAUUUUCAAAGGGUUAGAUGAUUUCUUUGAAGGUGUCAUUGAAGAACACAGGACCAUGAUGAAGAACAGAAGCGGUGUCCAAUACAAGAAAAGGAAAAUCUUGCUCGAUAUUCUCCUUCAACUCCAUGACGAUGGCAAGCUUGACAAUAGUUUCUCCCAAAACGAGCUCACAUCAAUCCUCAUGGAUAUGUUUGUGGGAGGAACCGAUCGACGCAAAUUCAGCAACAAUGGAGUGGGCCAUGGUGGAGCAAUGCAGAAAGCAAAGGAAGAGGUAAGACGCAUGGUGGGGAACAACUCAAAGGUAGAAGAGCAAGACAUAAGCCAAAUGAAUUACUUGAAAUGGGUGGUCAAAAGAAAUUCUGAGAUUGCAUCUACCUAGUCCUCUGCUGGGCUCCUCGAGUAGCUAGAUCAGAUGUGAAUUGUACAUUAAUUCAUACAAAUCCUGAGUUCUGGGAAAGACCUGAAGAGUUCAUUCCUGAAAGAUUUGAGAUGGACGAUGUUGAAUUCAGAGGGCAAGACUUCCAUUACAUACCAUUUGGUUCAGGAAGAAGAGGGUGUCCUGGGAUGAUAUUUUGUGUUGCUGCUGUGGAAUCCAUGCUCGCUAAUCUCUUGUUUUUGUUUGAUUGGAAGCUUCCCGAAAAUGGAGGAACUGUUCCACACAUUGAUAUGAACGAGAGAUUCGGCCUAACUGUUAGGAAAAAACUGCCAUUCUAUCUUCGACGGACACCCUUCUCUCUUUUAAGUUUUAAUCCAAAACCGUAUAUCGUAGUUAAAGUGUGAUUCUCUUUUCUGAGUGAGCUUUUACGUUAUGUGAGCUUUUCUGAGAGUACUGUAUGUGUAUGCCUGUAUGUAGGUAUUGAGGUUGAAGUUUGCGUACGGGAGACAAUGAUUUAUUGAUAUCGACUCGUACUGAUUGUUGAAUAAAAAGUUGGAUGUUGGUUAGUGGUCGAGAUCAGUGGUUGAAUUAGUGAACAAAUAAUGAAUCAUUCUCAGGUUGAAUAUAUUUGA